AUGAACCAUUUCUCUUUCUCUCUCUUUCUUUCUCUCUCUUUUUCUUUCUCCCUCUCUUUCUUUCUCUCUCUCUUUCUUUCUCUCUCUUUUUCUUUCUCCCUCUCUUUCUUUCUCUCUCUCUUUCUUUCUCUCUCUCUCUUUCUUUCUUUCGUCCUUCCUCGCUUCUUUUUUAUUCUUCUCAUUUUCACUCUCUAUAAUUCAUUUUCUCUUUCUUUCUUUCCGUCAAUGAUUUCUCUCUCUCUCUUCACUUUCUCUAUGAUUUCUUUCUUCUUCUUUCACUCUCUCAUCGCUCUCAAACUACAACCAACAACGCCCUCCUCCCUGCUCUCCUUCCAAUAUGACAUAUCCAUCCUCCACCGUUUCCUCGCGUACUUCUAUGUACAACCUUCACUUUUCCACGCCAGCACUUCGUCCCCACUUCCCGCUCCUGACCCGACGCUUCUCUUUUCCCGCCCUUUUUGCACAAUCUGCCUCUCUCCGACACUCGGUGUGUACUAG